ACAACUGCGACCUGGCCAAGAUUAAGCAAAGCAGUACAACUGUGACCUGGCCAAGAUUAAGCAAAGCAGUGAGACACCAACAAGAGUAACACAUGGAAUAAACAAACAUCCAGUCAACAACACAAUAGAAAAGUCUAAAAACAGUGUGUGGAAAUGAGGUUCUACACUAGACCACAUAUGGACUAAACCAGAGACUCAGAAAGAGAGAGGGAGAAGAGGAGCGAAUAGACAGCAGCACCAUGACCUCUAUGUCCAGCCUCUUCUCCUUCACCAGUCCAGCUGUGAAGCGUCUGCUGGGGUGGAAGCAGGGGGACGAGGAGGAGAAAUGGGCUGAGAAGGCUGUUGACGCUCUGGUCAAGAAACUGAAGAAGAAGAAGGGAGCCAUGGAGGACCUGGAGAAAGCCCUCAGCAGCCCAGGACAGCCCAGUAAGUGUGUGACCAUCCCUCGGUCUCUGGACGGUCGUCUCCAGGUUUCUCACAGGAAGGGUCUCCCCCACGUUAUCUACUGCAGAGUGUGGAGGUGGCCCGACCUACAGUCUCACCACGAGCUCAAGCCUCUGGAGGUGUGUGAAUACCCCUUUGGCUCCAAGCAGAAGGAGGUCUGCAUUAACCCCUACCACUACAAGAGAGUAGAGAGCCCAGUGCUGCCUCCGGUGUUGGUGCCUCGCCACAGUGAGUUCAACCCCCAACACAGCCUCCUGGUCCAGUUCAGGAACAUGACUCACAACGAGCCCCACAUGCCCGUGAACGCCACCUUCCCAGAGUCCUUCCAGCAGCACAGUGGGGGCAGUAGCUCCUCCUUCCCAAUCUCCCCCAACUCCCCUUACCCUCCCUCCCCAGCCUCCAGCGGAGGGGUGGGCACCUACCCCAACUCUCCUGCCAGCUCCGGGCCCUCCAGCCCCUUCCAGCUUCCAGCUGAUACCCCACCCCCGGCUUACAUGCCCCCUGACGAGCAGAUGGGACAGGAGGGGUCCAUGGAGACCAGCAGCAGCGGGCCCAGGAACAUGCCUAGUGGGGAUGUGCAGCCAGUGGAGUACGAGGAACCGAGCCACUGGUGCAGUAUUGUGUACUAUGAGUUGAACAACAGAGUGGGUGAGGCGUACCAUGCUUCUUCUACCAGCGUCCUGGUGGACGGCUUCACCGACCCCUCCAACAACAAGAACCGCUUCUGCCUGGGGUUGCUCUCCAACGUCAACCGCAACUCGACCAUAGAGAACACACGCCGCCACAUCGGCAAAGGGGUCCACCUGUACUACGUAGGAGGUGAGGUGUAUGCAGAGUGUCUGAGUGACACCAGUAUCUUCGUUCAGAGUCGUAACUGUAACUAUCAUCAUGGUUUCCACCCCACCACGGUGUGUAAGAUCCCUAGUGGCUGCAGCCUGAAGAUCUUUAACAACCAGGAAUUUGCUCAGCUACUGGCCCAGUCUGUGAACCAUGGCUUUGAGGCUGUCUAUGAACUGACCAAGAUGUGCACCAUCCGAAUGAGCUUUGUAAAGGGCUGGGGAGCUGAGUAUCACCGACAAGAUGUCACCAGUACCCCCUGUUGGAUAGAAGUUCAUCUUCACGGCCCUCUGCAGUGGCUGGAUAAAGUGCUGACACAAAUGGGCUCUCCUCUCAACCCCAUCUCUUCAGUGUCCUAAUGGUUACCCCCCUCCCCAGACCAGACUCUCAACCCCAUCUCUUCAGUGUCCUAAUGGUUACCCCACAGACCAGACUCUCAACCCCCCCAUCUUGUCAGUGUCCUAAUGGUUACCCCACAGACCAGACUCUCAACCCCCCCAUCUCGUCAGUGUACUAAUGGUUAACCCCGCCCAACAGACCAGACUCUCAACCCCAUCUCGUCAGUGUCCUAAUGGUCCCCCCACCCCCACCCCAGACCAGACUCUCAACCCCCAUCUCCUCAAUGUCCUUAAGGUGGCUUGCCAGGCUGGGAGAUUCUUUCACAUUUUUUCCCAAACUUAACUUUAUAAUUUUUUUUGCAAUGUUUAAUGAGCAAAAGCGGGUCUUCAGAGGCUGAACUGUUUCCACUAUCUGACAGCAGAAGGGGUUUUGAACCCAGAGCAGCAGAAUUAUGUUGAGAAAGAGCAGAAGAUAGACGUAAAAUCUGACAGAAGAAUAUUCAGAGUAGCUGCACAAAAUAUUGGACAAACUACUGCUCUGAGUCAUCACUACCAACCAUGUGCUUCUUCUAUUGAGAGUAGUAGGACUUGAAAGCAUGUACCUUAAAUGUUUCUGAUUUAGCAUAAAAACAAUUGUUUCAAUGUUUGGAAAUGAUUUUUUUUUUCUGUAAGUUUCAGCUAAAAGAAAAUGAUGUAUCACUACUCUGCCUUUACCACAGUCAAACUACUUGUGAUUUUACUCUAAUUUUCAUUUCUUGCCAUCUUUAAGGUAUAGAUAUCAUUAUGUUCACUAUUAGACCCAGAUCUCAUAACAAAAUGUUAACUUUUUUUAAAUAGUUUCUAUCGCUAGAAGAGAAAAAACAACACUGAUUUACUGCCUUAAAUAAAGUAUGUCUAACUAAUAAAUAUGAUAUGGUG